AUGCUCGGAUUUCGCCUCCUCUCUUUGGCUGUGAUUUGUGGCGCCAGCUCCAACCGGCCUCCUUUUUUUGAGUAUGUCAAGGUGGCAAGGUGGCUGGUGCAUAGCAGCGACUACGCGGUGUCCUCCACCAGCUGCGCCAGUGAACGCCUGGGCUGCGCCUUCAAGGGCCAGCCGUUUGGCGACAUCAUGUCCGUCACCGAUGGCAACGCCACGCUCUCCACGGGCAUCGUCUACACGUACCUGCCCCCUGAGGAUGCUGCCACGCAGGACAUCCUAGCGGAUCCUCGCAUGUCCUUGACCUUCUCGGAGAAAGCCAUCGGCUGCAAGUCCACCGCAGAGGACCCGCCUUGCGCUCGCCUCACCAUAGCAGGGAAGCUCACACAGGUCCCAGAUGGGCCCGAGAGCGAUCUGGCACUGAGCUAUCUCUUCAGCAAGCACCCACAGAUGAAGGAAUGGAGCAAAGCACAUUCUUUCAAGCCAUAUUGGAUGGCCAAGGAGAACAUCUCAAGCUUCUUCUUCAUCGACUUCUAUGGAGGUGCCAAGGAGUUCACAGUGGAGGAGUACUUGGCAGCUCAGCAGCUUAUCAUUUGA